AGGUGACCAAGAUGCCGAUUCUGAAGAUUAGCCUCAUCCUCGGCAUCAUCUCCCUAUCAGGAGCCAUUCCCAUCUUCAGAGAGUCGGCAUCCAGGAUCGAAAAGGAAGAGGAUGAGUCCUUCUACCGUCUGCCGGAAGUGGUGGUUCCUAUUUCCUACGAGAUCAAGCUGACACCGUUCAUAGAAGACAAGAACUUCACCUACGAUGGGGAGUCCAGCAUCCAAAUAGAAGUCAAAAAGAAGACCGACAUCAUAACGCUGCAUCAGCUUGAUCUGGAGUUCGAUGAGGACUCCACAAAAGUGUUGAGGGAUGGGAAGGAAGACGCCAAAGUGAAGAAGCACUCCUAUGAUCCGAAGAGGCAGUUUCUUAAUUUGGAGCUGGAGAAGAGUUUGGAACCUGGGGAAUAUACGCUGGAGCUGAAGUAUACAGGGAAGCUAAAUGACGAGUUGAAUGGAUUUUAUCGGAGUUCGUAUGUCAACGAGAAUGGCAUAGAGACCUACUUGGCGACCACACACUUCGAGCCAACAUCCGCAAGACGAGCAUUUCCAUGUUGGGACGAACCCGCCCUGAAAGCAACCUUCAACAUCUCCAUAAGACAUAGGAAAGACUACGAGGCCAUAUCGAACAUGCCUAGUUCCGGCCAGGAGGAAAUCGAAGGAUCAAACGAAGUAUGGACGAAGUUUGAGACUACGCCGAGAAUGUCCACCUACUUGGUGGCGUUUGUCGUCUCGGACUUCAAGGUCCUUAAAGAAGAUCGUUUCGCGGUCUGGACGAAGAAGCAGACAUUAAACUCGGCGAAGUUCGCCCUGGAUUUCGGGAAGAAAUCCCUGGAGGCGUUGGAGAACUUCACGAACAUCACAUUUGCCAUCUCGAAGAUGGACCAGGUCGCCGUUCCGCACUUCAGAGCUGGUGCCAUGGAAAAUUGGGGUCUGGUGACGUACAGGGAAACUUCUCUUUUGUACCACCCGAAUAUAACGACAACAGCCAGGAAGCACAGCAUUGGGUCCGUAAUUUCUCACGAAUUUGCUCACCAAUGGUUUGGCAAUCUUGUGAGUCCAAAAUGGUGGAAAUAUCUUUGGCUGAACGAAGGCUUCGCCAACUACUUCCAGUACUUCACGACUGAUCAGGUGGAGAAAUCUUGGAGGAUGAUGGACCAACUAGUCGUGAAAAAUUUGCAAAAUGGCGCCUUUGUCGCCGAUGCGGUUUCGACGUCACAUCCAAUAAAUCAACCUGUUGGGAGUCCAUCACAGAUCUCGAAGAUAUUCGACGGCAUCUCCUAUGGGAAAGCCGGAUGCGUAAUUCGCAUGAUGUCGCACUUCCUGACGCAAGAAGUCUUCCAGGACGGACUACAGAAGUACCUAAAUGCGAAGCAAUACGACAGUGCGACUUCGGAUGAUCUCUUCCGCGCCCUAGACGAGGCGGCGAAGAACAAAGAAAUUCUCCCUAAAAGUGUCACGGUAAAAGAUAUCAUGGACACCUGGGUGGAACAAAUGGGAUAUCCUCUGGUCACCGUGACGAGAGACUACAAAACAGGAAAAGUAACCUUCGAGCAGGAACGAUUCUUGGUGGAUGAUCCUCCGAAGGACGAUAACCACGAUUACAAAUGGCGGAUCCCUAUCAAUUAUGCUUCACCCGACUCCGAGGAAAGCUUCGAUGAAACCUCACCCUCGUUGUGGCUCAACGAUGCCAGUAUCACGACAAACAUUAAAAAUUUAAAAGCCGAUGAUUGGUUUAUCGUCAAUAAACAUCAAACCGGAUUCUAUCGCGUCAACUAUGACGUCCAGAACUGGAACUUGAUCGUUGACAAACUGAAGUCUAACAAUUAUGCAACAGUUCCUAUCCUCAACAGAGCUCAACUGUUGAACGACGCCGUGAAUUUAGCUUUUAAUGAUCAAUUGGAUUUCAAAAUAUUUCUCGAUCUCACGGAAUAUCUCAAUCAUGAACUCGAUUACGUGCCUUGGUACCCAACCUUCAAUGGUUUUCAACAAUUGAGGCGUUACCUCGUCAACACUGAAUCAUAUGAAGCUUUUAAGACUCACUUUUUAACGAUCUCCGACAUGUUGAUAGAGUAUCUUGAGUACGAGGAACGGGAUGAUGAAAGCGAUUUGAUGAAAUUCAACAGAUUAAGUGUCUUGACAUGGGCCUGUCUUUAUGGACACGAAGGAUGCAGACAACACGCGGAGGAAAAAUUGUUAGCUUGGCUGGAUUCUGAGGAGAAUGUACCUUCUCCAGACAUGAAGAGUUUCAUUCUAUGUGCCGGACUGCACGGAGCGAAUGCAACAAUCUGGACGAAAACAAAGGAAUUUUUAUAUAAACAGGAUACAGAAGAUCGGCUGCAAUCCUUGAGCGCAUUAGGAUGUUCGAUGAACAAAGAAAUAUUGACAAACUUUUUGGAACAAGCGUUUGAUGAAGAGUCAACCGAAUCCGUGGAACACCUCAUCGUCAAUUCGGUUCUGAUCUCGAGCGACAUUGGCGUAAAUGUUGCUCUGGAUUUCUUUAUUAAAAACGCGGCAGUCAUUGUCGAUAAGGUAAAUGACACCGACAGAUUGCGACGGUACUUGACGAACCUUGGAAGUAGGAUCACGACCAAGGACCAGUACAAUAAGUUGGUGAAGUUUGACAAGGAUCAUGGAGAUGGGCUGAACAUCACCUCGGGUGCCAUUUCGAUGGCCAAGGAUAAUUUGGACUGGAAUGAACAAUACGAGCCAACAAUCCGGGAUUGGUUGUUCCAGCGAUACCCUCCAAAAGAAGUUGAAUUAACAACGGGAGCAACAACGACUUCGGACAAUGAUGUUUCUACUAGGGACACCGUGGAUCCAUCAACGUCAACUUCUGAUGAUGGACCCUCCACUACGGAUGCGUCCACCGGAUCAACAGCAACCUCUGAUGGGCAAUCCUCUAGUGAUGCGACACUCCCAGGUUCGCAAACGACUUCGGACACUGUUCCAUCAACAUCCAGUUCUGAUGAUGGACCCUCGACUACGGAUUCGCCCACCGGAUCAACAGCAACCUCUGAUGGGCAAUCCUCUAGUGAUGCGACACUCCCAGGUUCGCAAACGACUUCGGACACUGUUCCAUCAACAUCCAGUUCUGAUGAUGGACCCUCGACUACGGAUUCGCCCACCGGAUCAACAGCAACCUCUGAUGGGCAAUCCUCUAGUGAUGCGACACUCCCAGGUUCGCAAACGACUUCGGACACUGUCCCAUCAACAUCCAGUUCUGAUGAUGGACCCUCGACUACGGAUUCGUCCACCGAACCAACAGUAACCCAUGAUGGGCUAUCUCCAAAUACCUCAUACCCAGAAUCAACGACUUCAAACGACGGUUCCUCCAGCACCGACAUUACUAAUACAACUUCUGAUGAUGGGUCCUCGAGUACAGAGCCGACAAGCGAAAACACCACAACAUCAGCCGAGAUAGAGACAACAACUGAGAAGGGUUCUGGGAUUUCUGCAUCCUUGACCGCGUGUCUCGCGAUAGUCCCAUUGUUGUUGUUGGUGAUACAGGUUCAUUAAAAUAAAUCAUGGAUGCAUGAGGAGAGGGAUAUCAUAUUGCUAAUACAACUUCUGAUGAUGGGUCCUCGAGUUCAGAGCUGACAAGCGAAAACACCACAACAUCAGCCGAGAUAGAGACAACAACCGAGAAGGGUUCCGGGAUUUCUGCAUCCUUGCUGCAUAUUGCUAAUACAACUUCUGAUGAUCUGUCCUCGAGUUCAGAGCUGACAAGCGAAAACACCACAACAUGAGCCGAGAUAGAGACAACAACUGAGAAGGGUUCCGGGGUUUCUGCA